UAAAGAAUGUUUAAUUCCAUGCAAAAUCCUUCGUUAUUGCACGGUAGGAUUGGCAUACUGCAAACUCAAGAUAAUGCCAGCGUUCAGCUUUUGAAAGUACAUCCAUAUUUCUACAAUUUAUCUAUAUGGAUGAAGUUUUUAAAGAUGUCGGCAACAGACGGAUCAAUGACCAGCUGGGAAAUGUCUGGUGAAUGCGAUGAUCUAAGCUGAGACAGAGGGGUUAUAUAAAGAACGUCGCCAAAAUGUCUGACUUAACCAACAAUACUGAUGGUGGCAUCAAUGAUAUAGAACAGAGAUUGAUCAAUGAACUGCCUAAGUCGACACUGUUUUGGUUUUUUACAUCGAUCGCAUUAGCACAGUUAUGGGUGAUAUACCUCACAUUCUACAACUCGCGUGUUCUGGGACUCAUCGUCACUGCAAUAGCCAAUAAAUUUGUUAAUUAUGGCCACAUCAAGUUUGGUUCAUUUUCUUUUUCUGUUCUGUCUGGGAAGUUGAUGAUCCGAGACUUUCAUCUCAUCACAGAAGAUUACUCGAUUCGGGUCCAAUAUGGCUUUAUCCUGUUCAAGUGGUGGAGAACAUACACACCAAAACAGAUCAAUGAAGAUCUGUCACAUUUGGAGACAAGGGUGUCAGUCUUUCUGGAUGGAUUUGAAUUCCAUAUCUACAACAGGUCUGGAAAUUAUGCUAAAAUGGAGAAACUGUUUCGGACAGGAACCUUUGAUAGCUCCCCUGGUACUGAAAGUGAGGAAACAGAAGUGAAUUUUGAUAAGAAAAAGGCUGCAGCAACAGUAUCCACAACACACCAUCUGUGGCGAGACCUGAUCCCUGUAACCAAGAUAGAAAUCUCUUGUGGCCGUUGUGUGUUUGGUAACCAGCUAGUCCCUAAUACUCUAAUCGUCCACUUUGAGGACGGUCAACUUGUAUACACUACCAAACCUGCCUCCACACAGUCAGACCAGUUCAUGCAUUAUCUGAUUGGGAAGGCAGAAAACUUCAAAGUUAUGUUUGUGCCUAGUCCCAAGUAUGCUGGCCCUGUAGAUGAACCACCUCGGUUUAUGGGAGAAGGUUUCAUUGUGUUACAGACAAGAGAAAUCAACAUACAUUAUUACCAUGAUGAACCAGGUAUUGUGCCCUAUGAGCCAGAGAUAGUCGAGCUGGCUGAUGGUGAGACUGUUGUACGACGGACAUAUCCCUGCUUUGGUAUGGAUAUCAAAUGUGGACGUAAUACAGACCUUAGUUAUGGACCCUGGGCUGACAGACAGAGAGAACAUCUGUACAAGUUUUUCUACCCGGCGGACUACCAGUCCAUGGUGCCGACACAGGAAGCCAAGCCUGGGGAGCGUCGCCAGUUUAAGAGCUUUGAGUUCCGUAUGAGUAUGCUGGAAAAGGCCACUAUCGAUAUCUUAUUUACAAAACAGUCGGAAACACAAGCCAUACACAUGAACACCAGCCCAGGGUCCUAUGUAGAGACCAAUGUGCCAUGGGUGAUAGACGAGGACGGGUAUACAACGAAGACUAAAGGCCAGCUACUCCUGAUGGAUGCCACGACAAGUCUCCAGUAUCGCUCCCUGGUAGAAUGUGAGACCUUCGAGUUUGAUGUGACAGCGUCCUACCCUUUAGUAUGGAAUGACCAUCAGGACUGGCAGUGUGACUUCAUCGCAUGUAAAGCCACUGUCUGGCUUAUAUUCCAACAUAAGUUUUUCUUUGUAGAUUUGAUUGAGGACUGGUCCACGAAGACUGUUCCUGACAUCUACCCUUUUGUACCGUAUACUUGGACCAUCAACCUACUUAUAAAGGACUUUGAGCUCAUCACUCUGGCUAAUGAGUACAAUUGGAUCGAUACCUCAUCACAGAACCCUGAGAACGCCCACAUUGCUUUCUGCGGGGAGACAUUAGAUCUCUCUCUUGUUCUGCCCUACCAUGAUUACCUACCACCCACAGUCCACGUUGAAUUCCUCAUCAAAGGUGAGAAUGCUUUCUGUCGGCUGUUCUUACCAGAAAACAACACAAGUAGGCAUGUUGUGAUGGCCAUUGCUGAGAGUAUGAAGUUGAUGGAUCGAGAUGGCAACAUCAUGGAAAAUCCAUUUCAACAGCCAGGGAAGAAACAAUGGAGAAGAUUCACUGCCACUUCGGAAGGACAAGACUGGAUAGAUUGUUGGCAUACCUCCAACGUAGCCUUAAGUAUUGGCUAUACAUACCAUCCAAUGCCAAGUCUGUCCAAGACUUCAUCCACGCCGGCUCCCGAAGGAACCAUCUCUACCCCAGAGUUAGAGGAGGCCUUGCUUAUACCCCUCAGACCACUGAGGAGUGAGCAGAAACGAAGCCAGCCUCCACCCAACUUUGACCCUGGAGAAAUGGCUGCAGAUUUGAUCGCUGUAGAACUAGAGGUUGCCCCGUCCCUUCUCUGUCUGUAUGGUCCACUAUUGAGAAAUUUUAUACAUGUAAAGGAGAAUUACCUGGGUGAGGAUCAGGUGUUUACAGACUUCCAUGACUUGGGUACAGCCAGAAGCUCUGGAGAUAAUGCAGCCAUGGGUCCUUUGUCAGCGUCAGAGGGCGGGGAGGAUACAGAACCGUUUGAUGCCAGAAAGUAUAGACCGUUUUCUGUCACAGUUUCUGUAACUGUCCAUGAUAUACAUGCACAUCUUGUUAAGAACUGCAGUAUAGAUGAUCUGCCCUGUCCCAGUAUUAAUUUAGAGAGGCUGUGCUUUGAACUUGACAAAAACUUCAAGGAGACCAAACUACAGCUUCUGUUAUCACCAGUUAUUUUGGUUGCCAAGGAUACGUUAGAGCGAGAUGAAGGUGAAGGUCACCUUAAUGUAGGUCACCUGGGCUUAUCAGGGUUACAGGUCAGAGGUCAUGCCAUGUUCUCCCUGGAGGGACUGCCCUUGGAUUCAGAGACACUAGAAUAUGGGUGGCUGGUGGAGGCCAUCAUUGGAGAUCUAACAGGCAAACUCACAUGCUCUCAGUUACAGAACAUCGUGGAGUUUCUGCAGACAUUUAUUACACUGGUCGAGGAUCCAGAAAACAGCCUUCAGCACCCACGCUCCUACCAGUUUUGUCAGCAUAUGCUGCCCCAGCCUCAGUGUCGCAUGUUGCCCAAGUAUCGUUUCUACUGUCCGUCGUCUGAGGACAUAAAGUACAGGAUGACAAGGGUCUCCUUGGACUCCAUCAGUUUCUUUCUAGUGGAGUCGGGCACUGCCUUCAACAUACAGCUCUUCCCAGUAAAGAUCUCGACAUGUAAUCUCCACGGGACAAACACACGAGCUGGGAUCACUGGUAAGAUAGAGCACCUGUCCUUUACCCAGUACAUCUCAGCCGCGGCCCUUCACCACAAAGACUGUAAACAGGAUCACUCCAACACCUGGCUGGAGUCAGGGGGUCUCACUAUGGGUCCAAUUGAUGCUGAAGCGGCCAUGGCACUCCCUAACCCUGACUAUCAUGAAAUCCAAAACAUGUUUCUCAAGCUGCAUGAUAAGAAAACCAAGCGGCUAUGGUUUCUUUGGCCGGUGGAGACAAUGAAGAUUAGUUCUGCUGUUGUAGGCAAGUGUGGCUGUCAUGGAGGUUGUACAUUUUUUGGUAAUAACAAAAAUGGAAUUGGAUUCUUUAAUCCUCGUCGGACUAAAGAUAUGCCAUUUGCUGCAGUCCUACAGGUUUCUCCUGAAGGUCAUGACCCAGGAUUUGGACAGAGUUUACUAUUCAGGGAUAAGUUAGUGUUUGAAGUGUCUCCAUCUAAUGGAGGUUUGUCACCUCACAAAGGUUGGGGGUUCGCAUUUACUCGAGGUUAUAUGAGUGACAUGACAAGUCCGGAAUCACCAGCCAUGCACUUCAAUAUUACAGAGGAUAUUGUUGGUGGUACAAGUCAGUCAGGGUCAGUAGGGACUGAUAAACAGUGGACAACAAGCAGUACUGGUCAGUCAGUUACCAGUACCUUAAAAAGUAACAUGUCAAACCAGACAACAGCAAGUAGUAUUAGUGAACACAAACUGACCACUCAGUCAGACUCAAUCCAACCUAGUUCAGGGGACAGAGAGACGCUACAGUCAUACGACUCGUUCAGCUAUAGGUCGCGAAAAGGAAGCUUGGAUGACACCUCUAUACGAAGUGCGAGGUUCAUGACUCCUCCUGAUGGCCAAAGUAUAGAGUCACAUAGUCCUGGGGUCAUGAGGAAGACAACAUUGAGUUCUGUUCCCAGUCCCCAGUUACUCAGACAUAGCAGUGGCCCAAAGGCUUAUUCUGUGGCUUCUCUGGAGAGUGAACACUAUUUCUCUGCCGAGGAGGAUAUCUCUACACUAAGACCCAAUAGUGGACAGUUUUUCUCGUUUGAUGAUUCUUCUCAGCUGUUACCAGAAACUGAAAUGAACAAGACUUUAACGCCGGAUGAUAAAGUAGAGGACCAAACUGUGAUAAGUGUAGCUACAACUGUGAUAAAUAGACGUUCUAGUAAUGCAUCCACAAUAUCGUAUGAAUCCGCCCCUACAGAUCAGAGUGACACGGACACAAUAUCAGGACCAGAUAUCCCAGACAAUGUGUCCUUGGUCGACCUUCACAGCCAGGUCAAUAAACCUAUAACUAAAUCGCCAGUGUUGUUAGCAUGUUACUCACGCCAUCUAACUCAGCUACAGUGUCAUGAUUGGUACCAGCCUCAAUCUGACAAGGGUAGGGGUCAUUCGGCUCAGACUGACCCCUCUCUGUACUCCCUGUCCUCUGCGGGACAGUCUGCCCAGUAUGUUCAUAGUCCUGCCUGUGUUCCUCACUUCAUCAAGGUGCGACAGGGCUUCAGUAUCUCCCAGAUGAGGACCUUGGAGCAGGAGGAUGUGACUAAGGGUACUACCUCGACUACACCUAGGGAUGGGCGUGCCACAGAGGAGGGCAGGUCAGGGAGGGGCAAGGACACCAUAGAAGACUUUGAGGACAUCACAGAACUGAGAAUGGAGAGUGCAUCCAUCACAACAGCUGUGGUCAAGAUAAAAGGGUCUAUGGACGUUCUGGUCACUCCACUAUUCCUUGAGUCAUUCCAAAGGUAUGUAGAGGCAGUGAUCCCCACCCUGAUGAUGCUUCAUCCAUCUUCCAUCAUUGAUGGAUUGCACACUCAGUGUCUUGAUCGUCUCAAGCGCCAGAAUCGACUGAAAAAGGGUAUGACUAUGAGAGAGAUGGUGUCAGAGGGAGCUGACAACACUGCUGGCACGGAACGACAGUUCAGCACAGAAUCACGUCUGCGGACUGGGGAGAUGAAAACUUCAAGUAUACAAGCCCUAUUCACUCUCAGUAAGAUCAACAUCUGCCUUCUACAGGCUGGGAUUGUAGAGGAACUGAUAGCAUUCUCUGCCUUGGAGAAUAUCAAUGAAUUAACAUGUGUGUCACUUCUUGCUGUGAGUGUGGGUGACAUUCGCUGCCAGCUCUUAUCCAAUAGCCACUCGUACCGUAACCCUCAAGAUCCAAGUCCUCUCUCGGCUACACCUGUGGCCAGUACUUCACCGAAGAAGAAAUCCAAGAACCCUAACCUCGCCCAUAGUGAGCAAGGUGAUCCUGAAAAUCAAGUGUCUGAGGUUUGUCGUGAGGAGGAUGUGGCAACACUUCACAUCUCCCGUGUACAUCUCCAACUACAACGGCUCUUAAAGGACAGCAACUUCUCAAAUGACAUCCUCCUGACUGUCAUCCCGGAGUACAAGUCCAAAGUUCACUUCACCUUCGACAAGGACUUCCCAUCAACUGGAGGUGCGUUUUCAUUCACAUCGUCUCCACGGCGACGAAGAGACUCCUCCUCAGGACAUUCUCCCCGGCCCCCAAUGAGUCGCCAGAUGAGUCGUGAUGUUGGUGGAAAGGGAAUUAGUCGACAGUCAAGUAAAGAAAGUGACAGCCGGGGCUCAACACUGCCCAGGUUGUUUAGACAGGCAAGUGUUGAUGAGACUGCUCAGGACACCACAUUCCCACCCAAACUCUCGAGAAGACAGUCGAGCAGGGAUGGACAUAGUUCAUCCAAAUCUCAUGGUAUUGGCCUGAUCAUGUUUGAGUGUGGAUUAGAGGAAAUCAAUGCCACGGCGGUUCGUAGACUCGGUUUUAAGGAUGUAGCUGACUCAGAGUUUUUUCAGAAGAUGGAUAAGGUCUCAAAAAAUCUUGAAGAAAUUCAAAACACAACACGGAUGCAUCUUGAAUCUGAGAUUGGACGUUCACAGCAACCAUUGAAAGAGGAGAAGAUAAGAAUCAAGAUUGAUGAAACUAAAGAACCAUCAAUACAUUCGUGGGACUCUCUAGUUUCCAUUCCCUCCAGCGCCUCUUCCAUUUCUCUUGACACAAAGGCGGAACCUCUUGUUGGGGACUCGUCAGGGGGUGUCCUUCACCUCAGCACAAUCUGGUUCAACUUUGCCGCCCCUCCUCCCAUCUCCAUCAAGCGCAAAGUGGACUUUACAAGGAUGGACUGGAACCUUCUGAGUAGUGCUACUCCAGCUAUCAAUGCCUGGCUGAACCCACUGGACCAGUUGAUGGUCUCUGUGAGAUGUCUCAUCUUAGCUCUCACCCACAGGCAGAGCUCUGUUAUAGCAUGUAUAAUGACAGAUGCUUUAGAGGUGCCAGGAAUACAACUCCCACACAAGAGUAAGUAUGGAAAGAUCACAUCUCUAUCAAAGACCUUCCAGGAGGAUCCGUCCUGUCAAUUACUGACAUCUCUAAGGAAAUAUCUACACAAAAAGGGCACUGCUCUGGUGGAGGCAGCCAUUACUGCCGACACCCUGCCCCAACUCAUCACUAUCCAGAAAGGGAUCCUGGCUCUCACACGACAGUGGAAGAAUGUGUUGUACAUGCCACAGCUAUCAGAACUAGACUUCAAGUCUCGUAAAAGUGUUAACCCAUACAGAGUUACAUUUGCUGUGCCAAUGGAAAGUAUGGAAAAUUUAACUGAAGAGGAAGAAUUUAGUCAUGUAGAAAGUUUUGAUGUUGUGGAUGAGCGUACAUCAUUGUUACAGGCUGAAGGAGGCUCAGUUCAUCAUUCCAUGUCCGUACCAAGCUUGAGUGGGCGUAGUGGACAUUUGUUUAAAUAUGGAGUUGGGGGUGGAGGAAUCGGUCUGGGACUUUCUGACAAAAAUAAUCCAGACACAGCGAGUAACAUGUCUGGAACAUCGUCCAAAUAUAAACGUCUUGUCACUCCAGGAAAAUCGGAAGGGGACCAAGUGGAAUCUCCGGAGAAACGUGUGCCAACGCCCAAUCAAAAACCAGGACCUUUAGCCCCACCUCCAAUCCCAAGGAAUGACAGUAAUUACAGCUUCCAUUCAGCUGCGACCAGUCUGAACAGUCUGGACCAGCAAGAGAUGACGCCGCCUCCAACUCCAAUGAAGACAGAGUUCAUGAAACAGUCAAUUUUAAAACAUAAGGUGGACAAGUUUGGAGAUCUGUAUCUGUGGAUGGCACGGCAACAAGAACAAUUUCAUGGUCAGCCAUUGGAUGAUGAGCGGAGUUCCUACAAGAGACAGGAUUCCUUGCUAGGGGCGUUUGGAAGUGGAUGGAGUCAGGAUGAUAGCCGCAUGGAUUUAAAUGAUGAACAACUUACCAUGGCCACCUCCAUCAUGCAGCUUGCUGAUGCACAGAGUCUGUUCAAACCAUUCUUACAGAGUAUUGGUCUGCAUGUUGAGGGAGUGAGACCGUCCGCCAUGAUGAAGAAGUUCGGAGGUAGUCUGUCUCUGCAAGGUAAACUUGACUUUCUGAAAAUACAAAUAGCUGAGUCAGACAGGAAAAGCACAAAGGGGAAAGGAAAAAGCCGUAAACAUCCCAAGUGGAAUAUCAGUUCAGACACGCCGGCUUUUCUUUGUGAGGAUUUCUCUGCUAACAUAUCAAUGAAUGAUGUUGUUGACUUUGAGUUGAAAGAAUCUGGUGAAAAUACUGACCGGGCCAAAGGUGCUUGCGGAAUGCCACGUAAUUUUGCUAUGCACAAGCUUGAGGCCAAGCCUACGACUCUGCAGGUGAACUUUAUGAUGAACAUUCAGGCAGUGACUCAGUAUGUUGACAUGCCUCUGUUACGACUCAUCCAUCAGUUUGUAACAAUGGCUGAGAACGUGAAUGACACACGACAGGAGCUGAAGCAGAGUCAUUCCGACCUAGAAUGGAUCAAAACUCAUCGUAAACAGGACUCGAAGGACUCCACAUCCAGUGCUGACACACAGCAGUCGGAUGCCUCCCAUCAGAGUGGUGGUUUGUCUCCCCCCUCUGGGGAGAUGCCACGCACCCCGAGCUGGAAGAGUGGACCUGAACAUGAUGCAACACAUCAUCACCACCACCAUCACCAUGGUAUCACAUCACAGUAUUCUCACCAGAAAACAGGUUCACUGUUGUCCAAGUCGUUCAAACUGCCUUUCGACAACAAACGACCCGAUAAAUUGCCAAUGAAACGUCCCCCACUGUUAACGAAGGGACUAGGAACAAUACCGAGGAGUGGGCCGAAGUCUGCAGAGAUCACCACACCUCCUCAGUCCCUCAACCUGUCUGAUUCUGUCACCAUAGAGCUUGAGGACACAUCAUCACCCACUCUAGCUGAGAAAACAAUUGUGGAUGAAAUCAAGGCAAGCACACCAAAAUGUUGGAGGACAUUGUACCACCUUCUUGAGCUUUACUCUACAAUGCCUGAAACAAAAACUGUUGGACGCAAGCCAUCAUUUAAACUUCCUGUGAUUGAAGAAGAACCAGGGGAAGGACAAAAUGAUCAGUCUGCCACUCCUGGGUCGCAGCGCCCGGCCAAAAAAUCGUCAAGGAUCUCUGGUCAGAAAGUGGUGGACGCAGAGGAAGGAAACCUGGGGAAGAAGAACCUUGCUUAUUCCUCGUUCAAGAGUACCAGCUUCAGACAGAGUAUCUACGUUGGCGAGAGUAUCCCUUUAGUAGUGUUUGGUAUUGCCAAGGUGGAAAAGGUCAAGAUCAUGGCAGUACUUAGUGGACUGAAACUCGAGUCUGAACUCAAGAAUGUGCAUGCCAGCGGAUCUUACAGGGAAAAAGUCAAAGGAUUCUUACACAGGAAAUCGUCAGAGUCAUCUGUAACAGCACAUAUUGGUCAUACCAUGAUGAAACUUGUGGAAGGUUUACCACCUGAAAUCAAGACGGUUGUGACGGUGAAGAUUGAUAAGUCCCAGGCACUAUAUACCACCAUCAUGAGGCGCGGCAAGGACCAUAACUCUGCCAUGGUGUCUAUUGGUGUGAUUGAUGUUAAUAUUCCUCAGCAUCCAAUCGUACUCCAUGACAUGAUGACGCGGAGCUCACGUCAGAUCACCUCUACCCUACAGGAAUUUAGGAGGCCCUUCAACAGGACAAGUCGGACCUUGGAAACCCACCCAGAGUUGGAUAGCGCAGAAACUGGAAAAGGGGAGACAACUCCACAGCAAGCUCCAAAAACGGUAAAGACAAAAGAGAAGACACAGAGGAAGCCAAGUUUCUUACACCUCCACUUCAAGGCUGUAUUACAAGGGCUUAUCACUGGAGCCUCCCUUCUGCCCUCCCUUAAAGCUCAGCACAAGACGGGAGCCAUUACCUUGACUGGUAUGACAGGAAAGAAAGCUAGAUUUACUGUAGACCUACAGAAACACUCGCUCAGCUUCAAGUCAAAGGUGGUUACCACAGAGACAUCCAUCCCCUCCCAGGCCAGUAUAGACUUACCUCCCAUACAUAUGUUUGCUGACUAUCGUCAUUCCUCCUCGUCCAUGAGCACCAACGAGGGCCCAAUGGCUGCUGAAAGUCUGACAGGCCAAGGGUUGAUGCUGAAGGAGGGAAGUUACCUCAAUGCUGUCGCAGAAGUCGGCAUGUUUGAACACAGCCUUACAACAGACCUCCUCAACCAUCUUGUCUUUGUGCAGAAAGUGUUUAUGAAGGAGGUAAAUGAGUUGGUCCAGAAGGUGUCUGGAUCAGAUCAGCCAGUACCUCUCUGGGUUGGAGAGGAAACGACUCCCAAGGAACCAGAGCAGUCACUCCUCUACUCUCUACUGUUCAGGUUCAAGGGUAUUCAGAUCACAGCCACCACACCAACCUCAAGUGCAGUACAGCUGGAGACAGGGGCUGUUGACUUGGAAAUAUCCAACCGUGUCCAAAGGGUGUCAUGUGACACAAAAACUGACCAAACAGGCCAUCCUGAUAUUCAGAAAGUCUUCCUGCGUGCCCAGAUAGAUCUGAAUUUAGCCUUAGGACAGCUGCUAAAGAAUCCACUAUUUGAGGAGGCUGAAGCUGAGUUCCAAACAAUGGCCUUCUUCAAGACAAAGAUUGGUAUACGUAAUGCUCUUCAAGAUGAGAUGAUAACUGGUGUUUCCACUGACCAAGAGGCUCUACUUAUCACGGUCACCAGACCUAUUGUCCUGGCACAUCCACUGGCCUUCGACAAAGCUGUACUUGUUUGGCUCAAUUACAAGAAUGCAUAUGAGUACUGGACUGAGCAAAGGAUGGCGCUCAACACGGAGGUACAAAGAGCUACACGACAGGUAAUGGAUAGACUGCCACAGUUUUCCUCAGCCAGUCCAGCCGCUUUCAGUACGCUCUUCCUACAGUUAACCGUGACUGACAUCGGUAUUUGUGUACCUGUGGCACCUACAGCAAAUCAGCCUAAUCCACACCCCAAUCGCUUCUUGGACUGUGAGCCUGGUGCAGCCCUAGUCCUCACCAUCAAGAGUACACAGAUUUCGGCCUGCUCCUCAGGCUCACUCGUCAGCAAGGGCAAGUUCCAGGAUUUUUGCCUGAGGUUUGCCACAGACUUCGAAACAUCGUGGGACGAUUGGAAACCAAACAAUCCUGAUGAUUCUGUAAUGAAUGCUUGUGUUGUUCCCGAGGGAACUUACGAGGUCUGUUCUCGUACCAUCAAUAAACUGUUGUCAGAGCCAAGCAGUAAUGCCAAGUGGAUCCUUAAUGUACGAUGGGAGAUGCAGGGAAUAGAUGUACACCUUGACACCAACAUUGGUAAGCGAUUAUCUGCCCUUGGUAACACACUGACUGCCUUGGCUGGUGACCCAGAUGAGGAAUUAUCUGAGGAAGGUUUCCCAGAUGGAGGAAUGGACUCUAUUUUCUCGCCGUCCAAUGAUCUGGAGAUUGAGGUUACACGUAGACCUAGCAUCCUGAUGGACACCCUGCCAGAGUUUGUGUAUGACACAUCACUUGAUCCAAAACUCCGCUUCAGGCUCAUUGAGAAAGAGAUGAACGAACAAGCCAAAAUAGUACAGGAUCUCAAACAACUUGGUGCCAGCUUGGCUACAGUGGAGAUAGAGUCCAAGAAACUAGAGGAACUCAAGGGUAUCGUGUUCCAGGACUUCAGACGUGAAGUUCUGAACAAACUCAAGAAACAGAGUGAGAGUCGGACAUCUGCCUUGAAAGACCAGCUGGGAAUAGGAAACAGAUCAUCUCACUAUAGGUCCAAAUCUUAUGGAGGUCCAGUGGGGCGUGACAGGAAAGGACACUUAGACCUGGAUAAGCUUGCUUCCUACAACCAGGAUUUGGCACAUAAUCGUGGAGCAUCUGUGGACUGGAGCCGAACCCUCCCUACUACCAAAGUACAGUUUGGGGGCACGGCAACCUGUACAUAUUCCCUCCCUGAGACUCCAGAGUCCCUCUCUUCGGUGGAGUCGUCUCCCCUGUAUAGGGGAUACCUAAAGAGCAGCCCUACACACUCCAGUAAGAAGAUGUGGAUGUCUCGGGGCAGCUCCUCAGGUUCUGACUCGAGUGACUCCCUAUCUGACCCCACUGACUACUCUGGAAAAGCCACACCAAAUAGAGACUCUGGAACGGUUUUUGCUGACUCAGAACAACCAGGGACAUCUCUGGCAGAUGAUACUGUAACCUUCAAAUCAGACACAUCAAAUCCAAGUAUGGGAAGUUCUGGUUCUAAGCCUUCCACUUCCGCAGAACCAAGCAUUGACUUUGAGCUGGAUAUCAAAGUUUUCAUUGACAGUGGAAAGUGUGUUCUUUAUCCAAAGUACUCAAAGGAGGAUGAACUGAAAAAACAUCUGAAGAGAGAGAAGACUCCAACACCAGACACACCUUCCUCCCCAUCCAGUAAGAGGCGUGGCAAACGUCAGGAGACCCCGCCCCCUCCCACCCUUGGGAAGAAGUCUGAGAAGGACCUGAAGCAGAAUCAGAUAGAGAACACUGUUUUCUUUGUUCCCAGUGUAGAUGUCAAGGUACAUUACAACUCCAAAACCAGUGGUGGUGUGUCAGACAGUAUGAAUGACUCUACUCGAAGCACACAAGGAAUGCCAGGGUCACAGAGUCAGCAGGGGUCACAGGGGUCACAGGGGCUACAUCCUCAAGCCACUCCAAUGGAGGAUUCUCCAGGAGAGGAUCUCCAUGUGGUAAUGAUGAGAAAAGGUCCCCAUGGCCCGUACCCUAAGCUUGUUAGUACUGACAGUGUCGAGAGUAAAGAGAGUUAUACAUCUGGAUACAGCGGGAAGAGGGCCAACUUUAAACGGGCAAACUUGUACGCUUGGAUUUCUUUGUCAUCGUUACCAGAGGAAAUGGUUAUCAGUCCAUGCCUGCUGGACUUCAUGGAACAAGCCCUGGAACCUUUACCUAUCGGAAACAGCACCACUCCAUCACAACCUAGCAAGAAAACGGAGAUCAUAGAGAACAUGUUAAACAUUGAUCUGGACGGCUCGUACAACUCCCUGUAUGCCACGGCUAGUCACUAUUCCUUCCCUGUGGAUGUUGUUGUCUUCAUCCGUGUGGAUCCUUCCAUCAUCAGAUUCAACUGUCUACCAGUAUCACGAGUGGAAUGUCUGCUGCAGGUACCGUCUCUGGAGCUUGUCUUCUCCAGCAAGGGUUCUGAUACAGAAGUCUUACACCCUGAAGUGCCUAAGAAAAUGAAUCGAGAGCGAAACCUGAGUGGAGGUAAGGGAGGGCCAGAAACUCGACCCAGGACAGCUAGUACUGCUUCUAGUGCUGACCCGUCCACCAUGACAGGUGGACUCAACAUCAGUGUGGGCCUUUCAGAUUUCUCUUUGUAUAUAUUCCAUCCAUACGGUGGUAUGCAGAGGAAGAUGGCCUCACCUGUGUACAGUACCAGUUCUCGUCACUCCCAACUAGGAAGUAUCCAGGAACAUGGGACACUGCUGUCAGAGAUGGCCCGUAGGGACAUGCUCAAUCUUGAUGUGGAGUUCAUUAAGAUCAACAUCUCCCGUAACAGGAAAAUGGAGGUUCGCCUCCCUGAUAAAGAUCUCAAGGAUCCUCCUCAAUCGAAGUCCAAUGUUGUUAGGUUUUCUGGUAUCAUAGAUAUAGGCACUGCAGCUUUUAAAUAUGACAUGAGGCGACUUUCAGAAAUCCUAAGUUUCCCCAAAGCAUGGUAUCGCCGAAACCUGGCUCGACGACUGUUUUUAGGUGAUGACAGCUACGUCCAGGCCGCAGAAGAGGACUGGGAUAGCUCUUCCAAUGCUAGCUCCCUAGGGGACUCGUUGCCCCGCAGUCCUGUGUCGAAGCUGUUCACCUCCUCACCCGCGCUACACCUGGGGGGGUCCGAGCCACGGGUCCUUACCCACCAUCGGCGAGGCUCCUCAGGGGACAAGCUCAAAAUACAGAUAAGCACCGAGCUCAAGAACGAGAUUGCCCGCAAGUCAGGACGUAGAGCAUCUGUGUCUGCUCCACAAUCUCCUUCUGACAUGAUGACUGGUCUGGAGAUACCUCCCACACCAAUCUCUCGCACAGCAGUCAAGUCAAGGUCAAGUAUCUCCUCAGAGACGCCUCGGUCUCGACGUCAUGCUUCAGGUCAAGUUGCUUCCAAACCACUCAGUUCCUGGGAAACCCUUGUCCUGUUCGCCGUCAACCUGUCCAGACUUGACUUAAAUGUCAACAUGAGUAACGUAAUGGGCAACACCAUCUGGACCACCCAAAAGAUCAAGACAGAUGGACGUCUGUCUAUUGACAGUAGUGGCCAUCGUGACCUAAAGAUCUGUGCGGGAAUGGACAGUUCUCACUUUGACUCCCGAGGAGGUGUGGUUGGUGGUACAGUUGACCUCAACAACCUCAAUGCAUUCUUUGAGGUAAAUGAGGAUCCAGAACUAGGGAAGGAGCCGAACCACAAGGCAGGACUGGGGCUGGAGGCCACUGAACUUAGGCUGGAUUACAUGGGUACCAGUGUACUGAUGGCACGACUUAGUUCCCUCGACACCACCCUUCGUGAUGAGUGGCAUGUGGACACCACUACAGAGCUAGACACACCACUAGCCACCAAACGGCCAGCAUUCCUGUUUGCCCAUGGUGAAUUGCGUUGGGACCAGUUCCAUUUAAUGCUGUCCCGUUCCACCACACCAGACAUCAUCAAAAUGAUCGCCAAGAUUGAAGAGUUCAUCACCAUGCAAUUCACCAGUAGUAAAAGAGUGUUGUCUGCCUUUGGACCAAUCCCGGGAAGCAACAAGACCAGAAUCAGUGAAAGGAGAAAGUUAAUGGACGAAGCUGAGAGUUGGGACAUCCGACAUCACCGUCACUGGCAGAAGGCACUAGAACUUGUAUCAGGCUGUCGCUUCAGUAUGCUUCCUACAGUCAUACCAAAGGAAGGCACCAUCCUCGGAGGAAACAUGACCCUCCGUGGAAACAACCUGUCACUCGCCUGCUUUCAUGGAAUCAAUUUCAAGUCCAAGUCCUGGGCUAUAUUCACAGUGGAUGAGCCAUAUAUCUUCUUUGCAACAGAGGCUCAGAAAACACCGGAACAAGCUGUUCAUGUUGUGGAAGACUUAACAUUUUACAUUGGUCAUGAGCUGACUGCCCACACACGCAGUAGGAACAUGGCCACCAUCUGUAAGCUGAGCCGUGGCCACUCCAUGCCACCGACAUUUACCAGUGUCCAGCAGUGGUUCCACUAUGCAUUUGCCACAUCUGAGGUCAAAGGGCUGGACACGUUUCCUGAGAUGUCCAGGGAGAGUGGUGAUCCUCAGUCAGAUCCUUACAAGUCUGCACGGAGCAGGAAAGCUCAGGAGUAUAACCACGACACCGAGAUCAUCUUCGCUUUCCCGUCCCUCCAGAUGCACCUAAAAACAAUCCACGAACAGGCGGAAACUGAGCCACUACCAGAAGAUCCCAAACCUCAAGUGGAUUGCAGUUUUGUCACAGAGUUUGAGGACCACAUCUUUGUUGCCAUGGAUGCAGAGGUCAUCCUCUUUCUGCACGACCUUGUAUCCAUGUACAUCAAAGAGAAGGACAAAGGUACAUAUGGUUCGGGUCCAAAGUCUGCCAAAUCUCCAGAGUCUGAGAAGAAAAGGAUAACCCAUCCCACAACAGCCCUGAAACAGGACUGGCGUGAAUUUGAAUGUAAUACCUGGCAUGUCGAACCCACAGUCAGACUACUACACUGGGCCAGUAAGCAGAUUGAUCCUGUGGGAGUCGACUAUGUUCUACAGAAGCUGGGCUUCACUCAUGCCAGAGUUACCAUCCCUAAAUGGAUGCAGCGUGGACUCCUUGACCCCAUGGACAAGCUCACAUCAUUCCUUGUCCAAAACCUCAUCCUUGUCCUUAAGGAAAAACCAAAGGAGGAUGAGGAGGAGGACUAACAAUUCUGAAAGACAGAGAGAAUGGAACAAAGACUGGGUACUGACCCAGGAAUAUCCAGAUACAGUGAUUAUCUGGUUACCUUUCUCGACACUUCAAUAAGUGAAGACCAUUAACUCUUAGGUCAGCAUAUUUGUUAUCACCAUCACACUGUAGACUAAUAUUUUGAUGGACAUUAUCAGUGAUCUACACACAACAGUGUGUUAAAUUGUAUAUAUACACUGUGUUUCUGUGUCACAGUUCACACAUCUAACUCAUGUGAUAGGGCAAGGCAGGUUUUUUUAAAGGUGAAAAAGGUGAAGGUCAUUUAAAAUGAAGGUCAUUUAAAAUGAAGGUCAUUUAAAGUGAAGGUCAUUUAAAGUGAAGGUCACCUUCAAAUGUUUAUCCCUCCAUAGUUAGUAGUAUAAGUAAGGAGAUAAUUAUUUCCUAUCCUCAAUACUCCAUUCAAUAAGAAUGAACAAACAGAGGUUAUUCAGAAGUGAUCAAUGCUAUCUGGUGUUGUCCAUAUGAUUAUUAAAACACAUCAUCUUUAUUGUCAGACUUGUGAUCUACACAGAGCAGUGUGUCACAUUGUAUAUAUACUCCAUGUUACUGUGUCAAAAUCCACACAUCUAACUCAUACUUAAAUCACUCAUGGUUGACUGACUCUAAAACUCCAUGACUUUAUUUUAAUUUUUAAUACUCAUCCCCCUAAUGAGCUGAGCUGUUCUAUAUAAGAUGGACGCUAUUGAGAAUUCAGUUGUUGGCGUUAGACAAGACUUUUAUGAUGAUAGAUUUUACCUGUAUAUAUUAUAGCUCAUUAAGUUAGCAAUGUAGUUUACAAUAGUUAAAGGUGUGACAUGGUUAUAGUCAGGGCUCAGAUAUUUUCAGACGUGGAAGUACAUUCACUGUGUUAGAGUCACCUUUAAUUGGUUUUUAAUUAACAUUAGACUUUAUAUCGUUAUAUUGUUUAUGAAUUUAUCUUUAUUCUUGACAGUAUUUUUAUUCCCUUUAUGUUUAACCUUAAAGGGAGGUUUUAUAAAACAAGAAACUAUAUGACCAUAAUUAUAGAAAUGUAUAAUUCAACUUCUGUAGUGACCUUGCAUUCUUGGGAACUCUUGAAUUAUAUGUGGUGAAUUGAUCAACCAAACUAAAUUUACCAUGUAUCAAAAUUAUUUACCUAGUGACUCUCAAUGUUUAACUCUCUUUGGAAAGGAAAUUCAUUAUAUCACAGGAAAUUACUUCAAUAUAUAAUUCAACCAAAAAAGUCUUAGUAGCCAGCAUUAUAGAUACAUUGUUUACAUUGGAAUCCUCCUAAUUUGGUACCACCCAAAAACAUUUUUUGGUCAAAGCAAAUUAUGUCAUUACUGAUACUGAUUUACAGAAUAGUGAUAUGAAAUUCUUUUAGAAACAAGAAUUUUAAGUGAAAAGGGAGCUGAGAAUUCCUCAUUACUUCAAAAAGUUAGACUUCCUCGAUAUUUAGAUAGUGGGAAUAAAUAAAAAGUGUCAAAUAUGAAAAGAAAUCUGUUGAUUAGAAGGAAAAUCAGUUUUGCCUGGAGAUAAAGUUUUACUCAGAAAUAGAUUUUAGUAAUUACAGUAUGUGUUCAGUUAACAGAUUUUACUGUGCUAUAGAUUAUUUUGUUGUGUAUAUAGUCACAUUGAACUUAUUCCAGAGUCCCAAUUCCCCUUAUGGGAAAUAUUAAUAAAUGCUGUAAUUUAUUCAAAGGCAAAACUCUCCAACAUGACAAAAGUGUUAUGUGAAGAGGUUUAAAUUGUUGUUUACAGAGUACUGAUAUAUAAUUCUUUGAGAAACAGGAAUUUUAAGUGAAAAGGGAGCUGAGCUGAGCUCCUCAUUACCUCAGAAAAUUACACUUUCCUGAUAUUCAGAUAGUGGAGAUAAAUAAAAAGUAUCAAUUAUGAAAAGGGGAGGGAACUAUAGUUUUCCUCUUUGUACGUAUAGAUGUAACAAUUAAGUUACCAGUGCUCUGGCAGCUUCCUUCCCUGAGGGAUUUUGAUCAAACUUUACACAAUUAUAAAGGGCUGAUAGAAUCGUUCACCCCCAUGCGGGUGAGCCAGGAAUCACAAACCGAGGGGGAAGAAUCUUAAGUUGUCAAACACGAUGCUUGUUGAGUGUUUGGCAGCUUAAGUAUCUUAACCCGAGGGUUGAAAUUCCUGUGUCUCACUUUCGUGGAGGUGAACGAUUAUUUUCUCUUACCCUGGUAACCCGCUUGAUAUGUAUCUAUAAUGGAUAUCACAUCAAUGCAAGAAAAUGCUGACAUGAGGUGAUUGAGGUUACAUCAUUAUAUUGUCGCCGUGACAUCAUGGUAUUGUUGACGCGAGAACAUGCAAUUGUUGAGAAUGUGCAAAGAGCAUGUGUAGCUUGUCUCAACCCUUGGGUGAGAUUAAUAGAAUCUUUCACCCCUUUUUGGGUGAGAUAGGGGGAUCUCAGCCCGAGGAGGGAGAUUGUUAAAUUUAACAUUCUCCCCCGAGGGUGGAGAUGCCCCGAUCUCAUCCUAAAAAGGGGUGAAUGAUUAUUUUUCUCUUACCAUGUUUUCCAAUCGUAGUGUGAACCAAAUCCAAACGUAUGUAAACAACAACACGUGGACGGCGCAUGACUCUAGUGAUAAUGCUGCAGCAGACGCUUUACAUCUUACGAUGUUGAUUUCAUACAAAAUACAGUUCCGAUAAGCUUGUCAAAAAGAACACCAAACACUCCGUUAACUAUGAAAAUUAAUACUUAUUUCCAUUUCUUUUGUUAAUAAUACUGAUAGUUAACAUUCAAACAUUCCGGGUCAGGUCAUAGUGAAGUCACCCUAUCGAGGACAAGAGCACUUUCAAAGAGCAUGUUCAAAGAGCACAUGUAGCUUGUCUUUUCCCUAGGGAGAGAUAAGAAAAUCUCCCCCCAGUAAAACUGUGGAUAUCCCUGUUCAGGGUAAGAGAAAAGAAAAUCUCACAUGGGUAAAAUUGUGGGUAUCCCUGUCCAGGGUAAGAGAACAUAAUAUCUCAGACAUGUUCGAGUUUUAUUGUUGUUUGGUCAAGGUCAAGGUCACCGUUACUGUCAUUAGAAAAUCAUUGUCAGCUUUCUAGCAACUAUUCCUUGAGGAAUUUUUAUAAAACUUCAGACACUUGUAAAGGACCAUAAUAGCUAGCCGGGGCUGGUAUGGGACCUAUAUUGCUUUAGCAAUACUCAGUAUACUUGUUAAAUCAAAGUAUUUAAAUGCAUUAGUGACCCAUUUAAGCUGUACAUGUGUACACAUUGAUUUUAUGAAUUUUGUGUCGGAAUGGAAAAGUUAGAUAUAACAUUAUGCUAACAGUGCAAUAACCAAUAUUCAUUUUACCAUUAUGUGGAAUUAAUUUUUUAUUUUGUUUUUUGUCUUUUUGUUGUUGCAAAAUUCCAUUAGAACAGGCUUGUUGUAACUAACAUUACUAUAAUUAAUUCUUAACAUCUCUGAAGGAAUCAACCCGAGUCUGUUAAUGGUGUACCUUUAGCUAUAGAAGUAGGAUAUAUACCUGUGUAAAAUAUAAACUGGAGCACUAAUACAUUGACAAGAAUCCAGUAUCUUAGAUAAAGUCUUGUUACACUCCUAGCCUGUCAUAGAGACAAUCAGAUAGUCUUACUGUAUAUAGGUAUUGGUAAAGGGCUUUAUAGUGGAACAUUGUAAUGUAUUCAAUUUAUCUAUUAUACAAUUAUGUAACAAGUUAUUUCAAAUCAUACUUAUCACUCUUGUAAAUUGGAAAAGCUGGAGAAUUCCCAAAGGUUGGACUGGUGACCCAUACCAUUACAUGUCUGAUCGGGGAUCGAACCAUAGCCACCUGGACGAAGUGCGUUCCCUCUACACUAGCACUAAGAUAACAUUAACAGUUGAUAGUGUUGACUCACAUUACUUAUUAUAGUAUUUUUCUUUUCUCUCAGUCUAGAUACAUAGGCUGGCUGGCAAGAAAGGUUUUAGGUUACUGAGGCUUGGGUAUCUCUACAGUCAAUAAUAUAUAUAUAUUGACAUGUAUACUUGUACAGUAUUACAUACAUUUUGUAUAUAGAAUGUAUAAUAUGAUAAAUUGGAAUGUAGUCCUGUAUAAGGUAUGGUAAGAAUUUGUACAUACAAAUGUAUUGUCUAAUUUGAUUAAUUAUCAAUAUGUAUAUAUUAGAUAUGUGUAUAUAUUAAGAUGUACCUUUUUAUGAUACAAUGAGAUAUAGCAUUUAUAGACUGUGUUCUUUGACAGUCAGGUGAUAAUCAUGUGACAGUCAGGUGAUAAUCAUGUGACAGUCAGGUGAUAAUCAUAUGACAGUCAUCAGUUAUAGAUGGUUCUUUGACAGUUGGGUGAUAAUCAUGUGACAGUCACCAGUUAUAGACUGUGUUCUGUGACAGUCAAGUGAUAAUUGUGUGACAGUCGGGUGAUAAUCGUGUGACAGUCAUGUGAUAAUCAUGUGACAGUCGGGUGAUGAUUGUGUGACAGUCAGGUGAUAAUCAUGUGACAGUCGGGUGAUAAUCAUGCGACAGUCAGGUGAUAAUUGUGUGAUCAUGUGACAGUCAAGUGAUAAUCAUGUGACAGUCGGGUGAUAAUCGUGUGACAGUCGGGUGAUAAUCGUGUGACAGUCUGGUGAUAAUCCUGUGACAGUCUGGUGAUAAUCGUGUGACAGUCGGGUGAUAAUCGUGUGACAGUCGGGUGAUAAUCGUGUGACAGUCAUGUGAUAAUCAUGUGACAGUCAUGUGAUAAUCCUGUGACAGUCUGGUGAUAAUCGUGCGACAGUCAGGUGAUAAUCGUGUGACAGUCGGGUGAUAAUCGUGUGACAGUCAUGUGAUAAUCAUGUGACAGUCAGGUGAUAAUUGUGUGACAGUCAGGUGAUAAUUGUGUGACAGUCUGGUGAUAAUCGUGUGACAGUUAGGGUGAUAAUCGUGUGACAGUCGGGUGAUAAUCAUGUGACAGUCAGGUGAUAAUCAUGUGACAGUCAUGUGAUAAUCAUGUGACAGUCAAGUGAUAAUCCUGUGACAGUCGGGUGAUAAUUGUGUGACAGUCAGGUGAUAAUCAUGUGACAGUCGGGUGAUAAUCAUGUGACAGUCGGGUGAUAAUCGUGUGACAGUCGGGUGAUAAUCGUGUGACAGUCAGGUGAUAAUCAGGUGACAGUCGGGUGAUAAUUGUAUGACAGUCAGGUUAAUUGUAUGACAGUCAGGUGAUAAUCAUGUGACAGUCAUGUGAUAAUCGUGUGACAGUCAUGUGAUAAUCGUGUGACCGUCAGGUGAUAAUCCUGUGACAGUCAGGUGAUAAUCAUGUGACAGUCGGGUGAUAAUCGUGUGACAGUCAGGUGAUAAUCAUGUGACAGUCAUGAUAGGGAACUGUUGACUGUUACAUUAUAAUUGUUGCACAUGUGAUUACACUGUACUUACCAACUCUAUGGACAAGUGACUGCAAAAUUUAGAUUGCAGCACAUUUUGAAAUACUUAUCACAAAGUUAUUUGUAUACAUGUAUAUACAACCCAUGUAAUGAUCUCACUUUUAACCUUCCCCUUGGAAUUAGUUAAACUCUAUUUUUUAUCUGAAUAUUUAUUUAUUUUCUUGUUAAUCCACUGUCAUUCCUUACAUUGUCGGUGAUGUGUAUGUAUUCCUUCCCUCAACCUUCCAUGUCACUAUGUGUAAUAACUGUGUGCUUGUAGACAUCAGGGAUAUAAUGUACCUGAUAUUUAUAUCAGGGCUCAUAAUGUAGAUAACAUAUUAAGUCUUAAAUAUUUGUUUUCAUGUCAAUUCAUAUUUUACAUCAUUUACAAAGUGAAGGAUGAUAUGAACUGUUAUUUAUGACACAAUGUUUGAAACAUAAAUGAGCAUGAUUAGUAAAAUUUGUCAUUUUGUAAAAUUAAAUGUGUUUGAAGUGUCUGAAAUCUGCUUGACAAGUAUGUGUGCGAGAAACACACUUAAAUUGUAUAUCAUACUUAUUGGUUCAUGGUUUUAAUUGCAUAAUGUCCAUCUCAAUUGUAUUGAUUUUUGUUAUCAUGUUUAAUCAUAUGACAUUGAAUUUGUAUGAUGUUCUAGCAUUUCCAUGUAAUUAAAUGAAUUAAAUAUUUGUCAUGCUUUACAUGUGAUAUCUUGAAUCCCUAGUGCAUAUUUGUGAAAAUCCUUAAAUGUACACAUUGGCGAUAAUCCUUAAUAUAUAUUACUACAUAUUCAUGAUAUAAUUCUUCAUAAUACAUAUUUAUGAGAAUAUUCCUCAUUUCAGAUCUAUACACCAUUAAUGAGACAGAUCAUGUUACAUGUAUGUUAGAUAUUUAUUCCUAUAGAUCAUUUUGUUCACUUGUUCACAUCACAACAUUUUUGUUCACUCCAAACUUCGCAGAAUGAGUUAUACUAACAAAUAUAUGUACUGGUUAAUAUAUAUUGGAAAGACUCAUUGUAACAUUAGAGAUAUUGUUUAAAGUAUUGCGUGGGUAUUAAUGUGAAUGUUGGAAUUACUGUUGCAUGUAUGAUUCUCAGUAUGUGUUUUGAAGCAGUUUGGGUUAAAGCAGUGUGUUUUGAAGCAGCAGCCAGUGUAAAUGAGGUGGGCGUUAGAGUCAAAUUGUAUUUGAUUUAUCUACCAUGGAUGUUGAAAUGACUUCAUUAUAUGUAGAACAUCUUGUAUGAUCCAAUGUAUAUUUAUAAACCAAAUGUCUAGAAGUCUAAUAAAGCUAGGUUUUAUUGAUUUUAAGUGUUCUGAAGCAAUGUCGUCAUACUUUUCUUGUCAUGAAAUGAAAAUAGCUAAUUUCUGUAGUAAACAGAUUUACGCUGUAUUAUCAAUGAAUUUUUGAUGUUUUAAAGUCCAGUCAUUCUUAAGAUAUUGCAACCUGCUCAAGGUCCACGCAAUUUCUUUUUGAUGAUGGAAGGUGUACCUGAAGAUUGCUAUAAUAUGUUUUGGUGACUGUACCGGUAAUUACCCAUUAAUUAAUUAGGGCUCCAUUAAUGAUGUGGCAGGUGUACUUCCCUAGGGUUUAACUUGCCUGUGAUAUGUCUACUUACUCUGCCUUGUAUCCCUUUUAAUCCUUGGUUGUUAUUCAAAACUCUGUUCAACCUAAUGAGUGCACUGUGCGCUUACAAAUUAACACAAAAUAAUAAAAAAAAAAAUUAUAAUAAAACCCUGCAUAGAGGAAAAUUUGUGUGUGAAAUUCUUGUGGAAAAAAUAAGUUAUUUUCUUCAUUUACAUACCUUUACAUACCUGUCAUCGCGAGUUAAAAGACUGGAGAUUAUAAUGAUAUUCAAUGUGGUAAGGAACUUUUUAUAUGUUUUCCUGAAAAAUAUGACGAUGUGCUCACUUAUUAGGUUGAAUAUGGUACAUCUAUAGAAUGAUACUAAAAACUUUAUACAUGUUCUUAACAUCUGUAUAGUGAAUAUUAGCAAAACCUAACCUGGUUUGUUCAUAUGGAUUGUCAAUAUAUAUGUAUAAGAAUUUAAUAUCUCCAAGGAUCAUAGUUACAUAUUAUCAACAUUUGUAUUUAAAUUUUUACCAACGAUGAAAGCAAAAUGGCAUUAUAACAAUUGAGAAUACAUUAUUUAAACAAUACAUAAUCUGCCGCAUUUGUAUUGUUUCAUGGUAACAGUGUAGAAUUAUGAAAUUUGUGUUUCAUAUGACAUUAUUUUGAAUUUAUUUAUUGUGUUUGCAACUUUUAAUGACUACACAGACUGCACUUCAUCAUUUCAAUGUUACAGUUUUCUAAUCAGUAUGUAAUGAUAAUGAUGUUAAUGUUGUUGAACCAUGACAUUUAUUGAAGGAGUGCAAAAUGAGGUUUUUUUUCCCCAAAUUUAUAAAAUGAGUACAUUCAGGUUGUACCCAAAUAUUGCUCACAAGUUCUAUACACUUAUAAGCAAGUGGCCAAAGGUUGUGAAUGGGAAAUCAUUUCCCCAAUUGACUUUCAUGAUUUUUUUUUACAGGGUAAGUCGAUAAAUCAAUUACACUGUCGAAAUUAGCUGGUACAGGUAAAAAGUUUGUAGUUAUGAUUUACUUUGUCUGCAAUAAGACAAAUUAGCCAAGAUCAAAAUUCAGGAAAAUGAAAUUAUUUAUUGAUUUUAGUAAAGUAUGAUUAAGUAUGAAAAUUUCAUUAAAUAACAGAUUAUCAAAUUGAUAAGAAAAAAAUGAUUAUAGAUAGAAAAUACAUUUGUCAUCACAGAGAGACAAAGGAGAUACAAAUAUGCUAACUCACAGACAAAAUGAACAAUAGGUAAUUGUCUCUACUUAAGCUUCAUAGUCCCCAGAAUAAAAGAUUGUGAAAUGGAUGGUACUUCUAUUGGUAUGAUGUGUAGUAAAGAUAUGAUUUUGGACCUAGAGCCAGUGUUGUAUCAAACUAUGUGAACUCUAAUUACCAGGGUAAAUUCUAAAAUCUUUCUCGUAUUAAACAAAUGUUGAUUAUAGUAAAGACGACUCAGAUAACAUUCUUCCGUUAAAUAUACUGAGGAACUUUGUCUGAAAACUUUUGCUGGUAUAUUUGUUAUUGAUACAUGUACCAGUAUUAAUUAUGAAAGUAUUUGGAGGAAAUGUUUCUCAUGAUUUAUGGUAAGCAUUUUAUAGAAAUUCAAUGGCAGACAAAUAGCAUUUCAAAUUAACAAGUUUAUAAUUAUACUACCAGUAGAAAGAAUUAACUUUGUUAACAAAAGUUGCCAAGGUUUUCUGUCAAAAAUAGUCUACUAAUCUAUUGUUAUUGUGUAAUGAUAAGUUUUUAAGAGAUGGUGAAUGGUAAUUGAAUGUUGUCAGGCUGUGUUUAUAUAAUUUUACUAUUGUUUUAUUGCCCUUCACAAUAAAUUUACUGCCUAUUUUUGUUGUUGAGAGAGAUGUUAUCCUACAUUUUUUGUAUAUUCACUUCUUGAAUCUGGGUAAAGGGACUGCGCAUCAAUUUAAUCAUAGUUUUAUUUCAAAUCUUAUAGUCUGUCAUUGGAAGUAAGGAGACCAAACACAAUACAUACUACAAUAAGUAGCAGGUAUAAUACCUCACCUGCAAAAUUGGGAAAUGGUUUCAUAUGCUAACAGGUAAAGAUAUGCAUCAUUGAAAUUGUUCCAGUAUGCAAAAUGGUGAUGGAAAGAAGCCUUAUUGUUUAGUAAUCAUCAUGGAAAGAGACAUUUUUUAAUAUUUUCACUGCUUGGGAGAUUAUUGUUACCUGCUGCUCAAAAAUGCAUGUGCUACAUCUUUGAUUUCAUGAAUUGAUUUCUUAUUUCUAUGCUGUGUUGGUUUUAAUAUGAUUGUUUUGGAAGUACAACUUACUGUACUCCAUUCAGGAUUCACAGAUUUCUAAAGGUUACCAAGCACUGAUGUUUAUACAUUAUAUAAGUAGAUAUUGAAGGUCUCUUUUAAGUACGUGGGAAAUGUCUAUACUAAUCUAUCCUAAACAAAGUACAUGUAUAGUUGCAUUAUAUUUCAUGAACAGUAAGUUUACUGCUAUAUCACAAUAUUAAACUGAUGCUUAACUUGUCAGGGGAAGUAACUCUAAGCCAAAAACUUUGUUACUUUACAUACUGGUAUAUAUAAAUAUAGGCAAAUACUCAAAAGUAGAAAAACGACUUUGAAGUUGAACUCUUCUUUAAAAUUGUAAAUGAUAUAAGGUGUCAUGUAUCAGUUUAAACUUGUGUUCAGAAGAAAAUGUCAUUUAUCAUAAAUUCUUCAAAAUUGUAUUACAAUUUUAUGACAAGAUGACAUUUGAUGAAUGAUAAAGCUAUUUUUGUUGUGUAGAACACCAUACAGAUCAGGGGGAUCUAUUGUUAUCGUUUGUUAAGGUGUUAGGCGUUCAGUGGUAAGAUCGAGAGAGCGUAGAACGAAUGUAAAACAGCAUAAUUUUUUCACUAAAGGUGAAAGUGUAUCCUUAUACACUGGAGCAUACAUACAAA